AUGAACGAGGAAAUUAGGAGCAUAUUGAAAAAAAUAUUGGAAAUGCAACUUGAUUGUACUUAAAUGCUAACCACAAUCCUUUUUAAAAAUGAUGAUUCUUACAAAGAUGAAGAAUUACAUAAAGCAAAAAUAGCAUUGGAAGAGCAAAAGAAUUAAAUUGAGUUAGGAGAUAAAAAACAAAAAAAGAAACAACUGAAUCAUGAUAAAGCGGGAGAAAUAGCAAAUAAAAUAAAUUAGGAACAUCAUCAAUGUGUAAUCUUGGAUAUUAAUUCUCAUUUAAAAUUAACUCCAUAAGAGUGUUAUUAAAAGCUUAAUUACAUUAUUUAAGAUUUUAGAUAGAGAAAUAAAUUGACAAUAAAACCUCAAAGUUGUGAUUUUGAGUAUAUAAAGAACUAUCAUAGCAAAGGGAAGUUUAAGGAACUUAGAAAUAUGAUAAAGCUCGUAGUAAACAACAUGGAAAAUAAGAAGAUUGUAAUCUCGAAAGCUAACGGAUAAAAGGUUAUUUAAUGCCCUUCAUGUGAUUUUCAAGGAUUCUCUGGAGUUUACUUUCCUCAUAUUCUGAAGAAGCAUUGUUAAAACUAUUAUAUUUUCAGUUGCUUCUUAUGCUACAGAGAUUUUUAAUCAUAUAUCUUAUUAAAAAAGCAUCUUAAAAGAUAUCAUAAAUAAGUUUUAAACAAUAGUUCAGAUAUAGAAAUAAUCAAAGUGUAAUAUGAUGAUAAUGAUAAUGAUUUAAGUAUUAAUAUUUGA